UAUCAUUACAUCUGGUAACACUGUCAAAGAAGAAGAGGAGUUAAUUCUAAAAAUGAGCGCACGAAAGAAAACCUGGGUAAGAUGUGCCUUCAGCGAGAUGAACUUGACCACCAGUCCUGCUCCCUCGGAAUCCACGCCUGCGAAGCGCACAAGAAGUGCAAGCAAUGUGAGCAGCUCCAGAGUUCCGAGGUCGAGAACUCCAAGCAUAAAUACGAAGCCAGUACAGAUACCGGACGUGGAAUCAGUGGAUCUUACUGCCAUGGAUGAUGAUCAGGAUGCGGACAUCACUGGGCCACCGCCAGAAGUCAAAGAAAACUGGAUGGAAAGCUUUGAGCCAGCCACCAGCGACGAUUUAGCGGUGCAUCCCAAGAAGGUCGGAGAACUACGCGAUUGGCUGCGUCACUGCGAAGCGGUGCGCAAAAAGUUCCCGGCUCAAAUGUGUCUACUUACCGGACCCACUGGUGCUGGCAAAACCGCCACGUUGCGAGUCCUGGCCAAGGAGUUCGGCUACCAGCUGCAGGAGUGGAUCAAUCCCAUCGAUUGUGAGGUGGUCAACGCCUUGGGUGAUCAAACGGCUGGCGCCUCCUUUGUGGGCUCCCAUUUGGAGGCCUUUAAAAGCUUUCUGCUCCGUGCCUCGCGAUACAAAUCCUUGCUGGACUCGCAGAAUAAGAGACUGCUUCUUGUCGAGGACUUUCCCAACGUGCUGCUCAGCGAUAAGGAGGUCAAUUUUGAGGAGUUACUAGAAGAGUACACUGCGUAUGGCAAAUCUCCCCUGGUGUUCAUCGUUGCCGAUGCCAAAUCUCGAGGACUGAACAUCAGCUACCGCCUUUUUCCAGAUCAACUUAAGGCCAAACAUCGUAUAGAGCACAUCAGCUUCAAUGCUAUUGCAUCCACAAUCAUGCAAAAGUCUAUGAAAACCUUCUGUUCCGUAAUGCAGCAGAAUAAAGCUACUUACAAGGUGCCCUCGACCGCUGUUGUUGACUCAAUAGUUGUAGGUGCCCAGGGCGACAUAAGAAAUGCGCUAAUUAACUUACAUCUGAGCUCUUUAAAAGGAGUUUCCAGUAUGCCGACCAAACAGCUAAAUGUCAGUGUGUCCGCAAAAGGUCGUAAGAAGAAAAUGCAAAGUACUUUAAAGUCAAUUGGUAGAGAUGAAUCAAUUACUCUGAUGCACGCACUCGGAAGGGUAUUAAAUCCUAAGUUUAAUGAGGACACAACUAUGCUACACAGCCCAGAGGAAAUAACCGAAGCGUUUAAUACGGAGCCCAGGAAUUUUGUAAACUUUGUAUAUGCCAAUUAUCUGCCACAUUUUAAGGAAAUCGAUGAUGUCGUGACCGCCAUAGAUGACUUGGCCCUAUCAGAUUGCAUGCUCAACGAGUAUAGAGAUGAUAAUUUGUCUGUGAUGGGCUUAAACGUUGCCAUACGAGGAGUUAUGAUGGCCAACACGUGCCCUGUCAGCGGAUGGAUGCCUGUUCGAGGACCCAAGCGAAUCAAUAUACAGCCACAGGCAACUUUGGCCGAACAAAGACUGGUGGGUGUGGGCUACGCGGGCAUUGCCAGGACGCUCUACGCCACGGAGUACAGCUCAUUAGUAAAGUUAAUAGCAGGCAAGCUUGGGGAUACUACUUCAAGCCAAAGCACAGACUCAAAACAAGUCUUUUAGUAAAUCAUAACUAUUUAAAGUAGUAAGAAAUGUUUUAAAAAAAUGUCCCUAGGACCAAAUAUGAUAUAAAUUAAAUGUACUGUGCAUCCCACUGCAUGAAAAUGAA